AUGAUGUCCACGUUUCUCUCCGGCAAGUCAACCACGCCCAAGUUCUCGCCCGAGCAGUGCAGUAGGUACUUCUUUUCUGCUAUCACUGACUCCAACGACGAAACGACUGGGCGAUGGCGUUGUACCCUCUGCCAGCGCACGUACACCCAACAAGAAGGCAGGGGUUACACGAAUCUACUUGCACACCUCAAGGCAAGUCAUAGCAACUACGCCGCACACAUGCGCGAAGCACCAGCAGCAGCGCAGUCUACUAACACCAGGCUUUGGGUCAGUGACCGGGUGAAAGGGCGAUUCGGCUGGAUCUCGUGGAUCGUUGAAGAAGGACUACCUGUCGCAACUGCGCCUCCGUGCAACUUCUCAACACAAACACAAUGUUGCGCCUUGCGUCCUCGAUUUGGUCAACAACCAGCGUGGUUCCUUGUUCACUGA